UUGGUGGUCGAUGGAAAAGUAAUUUUAUUUCGGAAUUAGCCCAUACAUUAAUGAGAAAUGAUUUGUCACUUUUUAUUUUUGGUUUUGGUAUUGGGGCUGGAUUAGAAUUAAUUAAAAAUCAUUUAAUUAUUGGACAAGUUUCUUUUUACAAAGUUUUUCGAGAAAAGAAUGUCCCUAGAGAAUUGGAAGGGUUUGAAAAUGAGUUGAAGGAAAGAGAACAAAGAAUUAAAAAUAGUUUAAAAAGAAUGAGAGAAGAAAAUAUGAAAUUAAAUUAAAAUAUUUUUUCUCUUAAUUUGUUUGUUUUUGCUUUAAAAUUGUUGGAGGGAAAGAUUAAAUGAUUGAUUUGUCCCCAGAAAAGGAAAAUAUAAAAAAUUGUUUUGCCAAAGCAUAAUCGAGUGUGUGUGUUGAGUUGAAA